CCCUUCGCACCCAAGGCCACACCCCGGCGCCCCUCUCUCAGCCAAUAGGAAGCCGCCUCGCCCACCCACUCGCUAGACCCUCAGCCAAUAGCAGGCCGCGGUGAGCGGGCCGGCCUCCUCCCGCUCUAAAAGCACCGCUCUGAGGGGGCAGCCGCCAUUUUGUUUCGAGGCCGCGAACGAGUUAUGAUGGCGGCGGCAACAACGGCGGCUCCGGGCGGUAUCUGUAGGGGUCCCGGCGGCCUCACCCCAUCCCCACCGCGCUAUUUCACCUUCGACAUCCCCCCGAACCCCAGCGGGACCCCACGGCCGCGGCGUCGGCACCGCAGGGUCCUGUAUCCACCCUUGGUGCGACGGCCGCCCCCGACGGAAGAAGUCAGCCUGGCAACGCGGCUCCUCCUGCUGUUGUUGGCAGUGGUUGGCGUUCAGGUUUACAGCGCGCCGGCGGAGACGGUGACAACACAACCUGGGGAGGAGGUGGUGGUGGUGACGUCUGAGGUGGUUGAGGUGACAACACUACCGGGAGAGGUGGCCGUGGCACCCAAGAUGGUGGCUGUGGCACCCAAAAUGGUGGCCGUGACACCCGAAACGGUGACAGCACAACCAGGAGAGGUGGCCGUGACACCCAAGGUGGUUGGGAAGACAAAGCAACCAGGGGAGGUGGUGGUGACACCCAAGAUGGUGGCCGUGACACCCAAGAUGGUUGGGAAGACGGCACCUGAGAUGGUCACGGUGACAACGCAACCAGGAGAGGUGGCCAUGACACCCAAGAUGGUGGCCAUGACACCAGAAACGGUGACAACGCAACCAGGAGAGGUGGCCAUGACACCCGAAGUGGUCACGGUGACAAUGCAACCAGGAGAGGUGGUGGUGACACCCAAGAUGGUGGCCAUGACACCGGAAAUGGUGACAACGCAACCAGGGGAGGUGGUGGUGACACCCAAGAUGGUGGCCAUGACACCCAGGAUGGUGGCCAUGACACCCGAAACGGUGACAACGCAACCAGGAGAGGUGGCCAUGACACCCGAAGUGGUCACGGUGACAACGCAACCAGGAGAGGUGGUGGUGACACCCAGGGCGGUCGCGGUGACGCUCAAUGUGUCAUCGUUACCACCUCACUUGUCACCACAACCAACGCGACCCGAGGAGGCGGUCGUGGAGGGGACGUCACAACCGGAAGACGCGGUGACACCGGAGACGGUCGUGGUGACAGCACGACUUGGGACGACUGUGACAGCGCCGGUGACGACUUGCCCACCCAAUGGGGGACAGGGGACACCCACGGGAACCUCCUGCCCGCGGUUGUUGCCGUCGCCAACCCUGCGGGCCUACAAUGUCACUGCACACUGACAGCCCCCAUGGUCACCCUGUUGUCCGGGUGACGCCAUACGACUGUCACCUCCACCCAGAGGUGGCACCUGGUGCCCUGCUGUGCCUCUUGCUGCAUCGUGGUGACACCCAAUGGGAUUUGAGGGACCGACGCUGCGGCGACACCAAGCACCCAUGGGUGCCUCUACCUCACCCCACAGAGCCGCAAUCGUUUGCGGGCCAGGCUGAUAUUUAUUGGUCGUCGUUUGUAUUUAUUGAAGGGGUUUAUUUAAUUAUUUAAUUGGGGGUAUUUAAUAUUGAACACUUAUUUAUUUCGGGGCCGUUCAACCCCGAUUUCGGGUUAUUUAUUACAUAAAGUCUUGUUUACAACGCG